CGUCCAAAUUUUUGCAUGGGUGGUCUCGUAGGAGAGACACGCUGGAGUCUGCGCGGUUGUUGGAUUAUCUAUUUAUGAAUAUUAUCAUUUCAAAAAGAAAAAGGCAUCGCUUGCGUCACUUUUUAUUUGGUGACAUUUCAAGGACAAGCUAACCAGAUAAAUUAUUUAUAUUUCCUUUAUAAGAGAUUUGCUGUUUCUGUCAUGUUGUGUCCCCUAAGAAAGUGUUUUGAUGGAGAAGUUGGAGCUGGGUGAUUCAGCAGCUGAUUGACCAUGGACACCCUGUCCAGCCACAGCUCAUACCUCCUGCAGCAGCUCCAGGAGCAGAGGAUUCAGGGUCUGCUCUGUGACUGCAUGCUGGUGGUCAAAGGUGUCUGCUUCAAAGCCCACAAGAAUGUCCUGGCUGCUUUCAGCUCCUAUUUCAGGUCAUUAUUCCAAAAUUCCCCCAGUCAGAAGAAUGAGGUGUUCAACUUGGUCAUCCAGGAUGUCAGUGGCAUCGGCCAAAUAUUGGACUACAUGUACACCUCCCAUCUUGACAUCAACCAAGAUAAUGUGCAAGCACUCCUGGACAUUGCUCAGUGUUUGCAGGUUCCAAAUGUUCAGAGCAUGUGUAAUGCUUUCCUCAAGCCUUGUCCUCCUCCAGUGGAAAUCACAUCGUUUUCUCUUCCGGGCAUGCUGAGUUCUGAGCAUGACUGCCUCUUGGGGAGCAGUAGUCUUCCUCAUGAUGUUGACCUCCACUGUCCCUCUGAAACCCAAAAGCCUGGCUUCAGUAGUGAUGUGGACCACACCAAAAGGUUGCCUGUUUCUGUGCCUAAUAGCUCCUCGAACUGUGAUACAGCUAGCAGCACUCCAGCACCUGUAGAAAAACAGCUUGUCCAUGGCUACAAGCUCCGUAACUUCUAUAGUAAGCAGUACUUCAAGCAAAGUGCACUUGAGACUAAUAGUGCAGCCUUAAAUCAAGGCCCGUGCCCUUUGGUGCUGGUGGAAGAGCAGCCGUGUCAGCUCGGCGUCAGCCCCACUCCCGUAUGCUCAGGAAACACAGUUCAGCCCAAUCCUCCCUGCACAUCUGUGGCAGUCGUAAAGAACCCCGUCUCUUCUUUAACACCCUCAGAUAAUUUAAACACCCCCAACGCUAACUCGGCAGACUCCAUGCUCAACAAGCCAGUGCGCCCAAAGAAGGCUGUGUACCUGAAGAAAUACAACUACCUCCGAUCUCAGAAGGCAUUGGAGGAGAUGUUUGCUGAAUCAGUGAGUGAACCUGUCCUCAGAUGUCCCAAAAAGAGUCAUCAAGAAGAGUCUGUGGUCCAGACUGAAGCUUCAGAAGCUCCCGUUGAGGGCCUUAACUCAGACAGAGAGCAGGUUACAGAGACGGCAACAGAUACGCAACUUCCCAGUCCAACACCUGUGAACCAAGAAGAGCAAAAUCUGAAAACUUUGCCAGAGCCACCGCAGCAGAUAGGAAACAAGCAGUAUUGUUGUGAGGUGUGUGGGAAGAUCUUCAGACACCCGAGCAAUCUGGAGCUGCACAAGCGCUCACAUACCGGUGAGAAGCCCUUCCAGUGUAAUGUUUGUGGGAGAUACUUCUCACAGGCUGGAAAUUUACAGACACAUUUGCGGCGACAUUCUGGAGAGAAACCGUACAUCUGUGAGUUAUGUGGUAAAAGCUUUACUGCAUCAGGGGAUGUCCAUCGUCACAAAGUGGUCCACACAGGAGAGAAGCCACAUCUGUGUGAUAUAUGUGGUCGAGGAUUUAACAACUUGAGCAAUCUCAAGGAACACAAGAGGACUCACACCACAGACAAGACAUUCACAUGUGACCAGUGCGGAAAAUCCUUCAACACGCACAGGAAGCUUCUAAAGCACAAGGCUCGUCACGCUGGGGAAAAACCACACAGCUGUGCCACAUGUGGGAAAUGCUUCAUUGGCUCAGGGGACCUGCAGCGUCACAUACGAUCGCAUACUGGUGAGAAACCCUACAUCUGCAACGCCUGUGGAAAGAGCUUUACCCGCUCUGCCAUGUUGAGGAGACACAGCAACAUGCACUGCAAGGGGGCUCCAGCCGACAGCCCCGCUACAGACACCUCUGACCCACCUUGUAGCUCAGAUGGAGUGGCCGCGUUCCCCAAACCCGUCAGCCACAGUAAACCUCCUGCCGCAACCAGUGAGCAGCAUUUCCCCGGCUUGAUGCCCCAUGCAGGGUUAGAAAAACCCUCACCGACUACUACUUCACCACCACAUAUAGAGACUCCACCACCCAGCAUGCACCUCAGCCCGGCUUCUACCCCCACCCCCCUUCCUGAGCUGCGCUCGCUGGUACCCCAUCACCUCCUCUCCUCCAACCACCAGGAGAGAGGUGCAGCCCCGACAGCCACAGACCACAUGAAGCUUUCCAAACACCACCUGUCUCCGGAGGUUGUGUACGGUCCGUAUGUGGAGAAUGGGAAUAUGUCGGUGGAGAUGGGCAGAGGAGGGGUGGGGAGGCCCUACCUCCCUCCCACAGCCAAUCACUGCAGUUCCCUCACUUCUUCUAGCAGGCCCAAUAGUGGCUCCUACAGGUCCACUGAAGCCCAGUUUAUCUCCAGUGUAACUCUGUGGGGCCUUGCAAUGAAAACGCUGCAGAAUGAUAAUGACAUGGAGCAGUGCUGCUCCCCUCGAAGCACUACACGGUACCUCUCUGCACGGUACACACUGUGCAACACACCGCUCGCAGAAAAGGGAGCUAACAGAGGCUGCACGAUGGCUAACUCCACGCUUCAGUCGUUCAACGUCUUUCUGACGGAACGAUUAACCGCCGCCGCGGUAGACAUCUAUGGAUUCGUGGAGAAGACAAUAAUAGACUACCAGGAGGAGGUGUACCACACGAAACUGGAGAACCAGAGGUUGCAGCGGCUGUUGGAUUUGGUCUACAAACCAGAGAUAAGGCUGCACAGGGCAGAUUCAAGGCAGAUCGCUUUGCCCACACCAACACUGGAGGUUUGUGCUCAGGAGCAGCAGAUACAGAAGGAAUGUAUUCCCAGUGAGGCCGACAAGGAGCAGGUCAUCCUGACCAUUAAAGAGGAACUGACUGAACUUUGUACCAGGUCUGUAGAGACACCUGUACGUCCUGCAUACAGCAACGUUACAGACACACUAACUCAGAUUGUCACAGUUGGAGAGCAUGAAGAAUAUGAGAUGCCAGACAGCCCGACUCAAGUUGUGACAGUUGGAGAGCAUGGCGGAUACGAAGCGCCAGACAGCCUGUCUCGAGUUAUAACAGUCGGAGAGCACAUGAAAUAUGAGAUACCAUCACCAGAUGACCAACCGCUACCAUCCUCUGGAGUAUCUCCAGUAUCUACAAAGAAGAAAAACUUUUUUUUUUGUAAGAUUUGCUGUCAGCCUUUUUUGAGAAAAAUCGAGUUAAAAUCGCACCUCGGCGUUCAUGAAGCAAAACAUUUACCGAAGCCUACCAACCAAGCGUUCAGCUGCUAUGCCUGUGGUAGAAAAACAGACACCAGGAGUCAAAUGAUCUGCCACAUGAGAACACACACCGGCGAGAAACCCUUUGCCUGUCCCAUUUGUGGUAACAGAUACAGACUGAAAGGUCAUAUCAAAGAACAUUUGAGGACUCACACUGGAGAAAGACCUUACACCUGCUACACAUGUGGGAAAAGCUUCAACAGGUCUUCCACCAUGACGAAACACGCCAGGAUCCAACACAGGGAGAACAUGCCGUUCAAGUGCAUGCAGUGCAGCCAGCGCUUUCCUCUGCUCGUCGUGUUCAAACAGCACAUGAAGACGGUCCACGAUGUCACCUUCUCCAUAUGAAAUACUGUUGCUGUAGCAAUGCCGAUGCUUGCUGCUGUUUAAAGUUACAGUGAGUCUGAGGGCAUCUGAUGGUGAUGGCUUUUUUAAAGGUUUAUCUUUUCUGCUUGUGUGUUAAUUGAAGUUGCAGCUGACAUGCUUCCUCAGAUUAGCACUUAUGCUCCACCGCACUGAUACAACUUCUCAUAUUGUUCAGAUGCUCCUGAUGAGUUGCUGUAAUUGUAAUCUGCUUCACAUCUAACAUGUAAAACGCUCGGAAGAAAUAUACUUAAAACACUUAAUGUACCAAGUAAAUAGUUAAAAGUGCAUAAAUCUAUCUAUCUAUAAAAUGCAUCGUAAGGGCUAUUUAUAUUAUGAUACAAAAUUAGCUUUUCGCACCGUGUUUUAAAACUUUGUUAUUGACAGCUGUACUUCCUUAAAUUCUGCCUUUAAUUCAUGUGUGGCUUUCUUCUUAUUGACUUGCUUGUAAUGUAUUGUUUUGUAAAGUGCAAUACCAAUAAAGCUACAGUACAUGUAAUUAUUGCUGCAGUUUUUCUUAUUGUGUGUCUGUCUCUAUAAAAUCAUGACUUCAAAAGAGGUUAGACCCCCAUAUUGGCAGAUGUGUGUUUGUGAUUAGGGUGUGACAUCACAGUUGGGUGUGGUUACAGGUGCGACAGAGCAAACCUCUGAUUACACCAAUCAGGGAUGUUGAUUGUAAUCAGAUGUGCAACAGUAUAGUUUCAUAGUUUGAAUUGCACUAACCUGCAUUACAAGUUUGGGUGAUCAAUUGAACCUACUUCAAUAUAGACGACUGACUAUAGAAGGCCAACGGAAAGACACGAGUUGUUGUUGGAACAGAUGCAAAUUUGCUCCAGAUCUCUCGGAUGUAUUUUAAAUGUUUCAAUGUGAGCAAAGUGUUUGCUCACACAAACACAGUGUGUAUGAUGCUAGCUAACGACAGGUAAUAUCUGUACAAUCAGUGGCUGUUUGGAGAGAAUAAACACCCACAAAAACACUCAAGCAAUCAAAUUUGAGCUAGUUUGAGCCAAUGACAAGUCGGUGAAAAUCUGCAUGCAAUCUUAAGAAGUCUAAUGCCUCUGAGACUCAGGAAAGAUUCCCUGUAUACUGUGCCUGUUAGAAGGUGGAUAUAGGCAACACACCUUUAAGUAUUCAGAUUCAACACUUCAAAAUUGAUUCCUUAAAAAUGCAAUAGUAACAUAUUGGCAUUGUUGUACUGUAACACUCAUACACAAGAAAAUAGUUCCUAGCUUGAGGCUCCACUGAGUCCUCAGCUCUUGACUGGUUUGACCCUUCAUGAAGUUGAUGUGGCUCUGAGGCAGCUGAUCUCAAAGGUAAAAUUCCUGAUGGCCGUAGAUUGAUGGGAGCAAUAUUUUGGCACUUACAACUCAGUCGGUGUAAUGCAUUUCUGUUUCCGUCUUUGCAGAUGCCAAACUGUCAACUGCACCGAUAUCGGUGGAGGAGAUUGCCCCUAAACAGCAGGAGUGG